UUGGCACCACGGAAUCGGCAUACCGUUUCUUUUUCUUCUUCGUUCAACAACAUGGCGCUCCCCAUGGAUAAACCACGAGAUAAACCUUCACGCAUUUUUGCCUCUGGCAAGCGCCAGUCUGGGGCAAAUAAAAUAAGAAGCCGAAUGCAGUCUCCCCAAGUGAAAUCAUCACACAAUAAAUAUCGGUCAAGAAUCAUUGGAAACGUCAAAGAAGGUCAAGGAUAUGCUGAUAAGAGGAAGAGGAGGUUUCUUAACAACUACCAGAAACUGAGAAGGAAACAGAGACUCCAAGCUGAGAGAAGGCAGAGUGAAAAUGAAACUGACAUGAGCGACAUCAAUUUAUUUGCAAAAAACAUCCAAUCUGCAUCAGAAAACAUAAAUUUAUCUGCCAAGAAUGUUCAGUCUACAUCGGAAAAUGUUGAAAGGGACUCCAACCCCACUUCAGAACAUGACUUUAUUCGGAAGAGGAGCGAGGAGGGACCCGGUGAAAGGACUCAAAAGAAUCUUAUUGAUAGAAGUGAAGGUGAAGAGAGAAGUGGAGAGAAUGUGGUGAAAAAGAAACGAUUCAAGAAGCGCGGAGGCAAGAAGAAUGCCAAAAACCGGUUCAGCAAAGCCCAGGCAGAGUUUACAGAAAAGAGACGGGCGGAGGAGAUUAGAGUACAGAAUUUGAAACAACAGCAAACAGAGAGGGCGCUCGCCCUGGAACGUUACAAUAAGAAGAAAAGUGAACAGCAUCAGAAGCUGAAGAAGAAGUCCAGGAGAGGACAGCCCCUCAUGAAAUACCACAUGGAGGUGUUGCUAGAUAAGAUAAAAGCUCAGGAAAGAUGAUGAUCAGGUAAAAAAAAAUAAAGAAACAAUUGGGAUAUCUUAUAGGCCUAGUCAACCAUAGUCUGUAAGCACAGACUCGAAUUUGACCCAUCACAGAUUAUACCAUGUCUAGAAUUGAAGACUAGACUCCGAAUUCUGUCUGAGUCUGACAGAGGCAGCAACAGUACAUGAGAGAAUCUAGUCUCACUUCUUCAGACUCUAUAUUAUGCACUAUGCAAAAACCGUAUGUCUGUGCCUGUAGACCAAGUCGAACCUAGUCUACAAAUGUAGACCCACAUCUGCAGUGUGUGUGCCUUAGCUGAUUCAACGAGUCUGCAUAGCAGACU